CAGGAGAUCCGUUGCUAGGUAACCAGAUCUCCCUUCACUUCCCAAUACAUCAUCCUGAGCUGCCCACCGCAGGUGUCCAGCCGUCUUUCCCGGGUCUCGGACACCCACCCUCCGGGGGACCCUGACAAGCAGGAGGAAGGGAGAAGCAAGAGCCCAGCUACCGCCCCCCCCCCGCCCCCCCCCAGCCCCCCCCAGCCACCGGUUCACUGCGAGGAUCCCGCCGCCUGGCCCAUCGGCUCACACCAGCAUGAGCCUGGGCAUCAUGGAGGAGGACGAGCUGGCCGAGUACUUCCGGCUACAGUAUGGGGAGAGGCUACUACAGCUGCUGCAGAAGUUCCCCAACAUUGAGGAGCAGUCGGAGUCCCCAUCCAUCCGGCUCCUGGAGAAGAAGAAAGAGGCCAAGAUCGUGCACAUUGCUAUGGAGCAGAAGAAGGAGACGUUUCGGCGCCGGAUGGAAACCCUGAAUCUGCGUUGGGAGGAGCUGGGUACCAAGGAGGCCCAGCUGAAGGCUCACAUCCAGAAGUUCGAGCAGUUCAUCCAGGAGAACGACCAGAAACGGAUCCGCGCCCUGAAGAAAGCCAACAAGGAGCGCGAGCUGAAGAGGCAGCGGGUGCGCGAGCUGGCCAAGGUCAAGCAGGAGAUGGGGGCCCUGCGGCUGCAGCACCAGCGGCUGAGCACCAGGAUGCAGGAGUUCUCUGUCUUCAACAAGUACCUGGAGAAGGUGGUGAAGCACUCGGAGUUCGAGGAGAUCCACGAGGUGAUUUCACGCUACAAGACGCUGAUAAGCAUGCACCACGACCUCAUGCAGUCGGCGCAGGAGGGCCAGGAGAAGAUCGAGCGCGCCAAGGCACGGCUGGCACGCUACAUGGAGGAGAAGGACGACGAGAUCCUGCAGCACAACAACGAGCUGGCGCGUCUGCAGAUGCGCUUUGACCGAGCCCGCAGUGACGUCAUCGUCUGGGAAUCUCGCUGGGCACACAUCCAGAACACGGCUGCCAAGAAGACCCUCUUGCUUGGCACCAUCAAGAUGGCGGCACUGAACCUCUUCCAGAUCGUGAGCAAGCAGCUGAAGGAGACCCCUGCCGUGUCCCUGGAUGACACCCACAAACAGCUGGACAUGGUUCCCAGGUGAUGGUGCUGGUCUGGCUUCCACACUUUGAGAACCACGGCGUUAGCGCUGAGACCCUUUUGGCCCCAGUGAACGCGGGCCUCAACGGGGACCCACGAUUGAAUUCAUCGCUGGUGCAAAAACAGUCUUCUUAGAUUCUAGAGACGUGCUGAAAGCUCCGUGCCUGGGGCCCACGCUUUGGGAAAAGAGGAAAUUGGGGGUGGGGGGAGUCAGCACGUCUAGGAAAGUGUUGGUGUCUGUCUUAUUAGGGGCACCCUGAGAUUUUUCUCUUUGAAGUAACUAAAAGGAAAUUGGAAAGGAAAUAACUUUCUCACUAUGCUUCAAAGCCGUGUGAUGCUGUGUCCAUGUGCCACCCCAAAUCGUCUCCCUUCCGUAAAUCUUUUUUUUAACGUGUAUUUAUUUUUGAGAGAGAGAGACAGAGCGUGAGCUGGGGAGGGGCAGAGAGAGAGGGGGACACAGGAUCCGAAGCAGGCUCCGGGCUCCGAGCCAUCAGCACAGAGCCCGAUGCGGGGCCCGAACCCACGAACCGCGAGAUCAGGACCUGAGCCGAAGUCGGACGCUUCACCGACUGAGCCACCCAGGCGCCCCAGAAUCAUCUCACUUCCCACCAAAGGCACAGAUAUCCCGCACUUUGGGGAGCUCUGUACCAGAAGACGGGUUAGCCAUACUUCCUGUCAGAUGCACAGAACCAUGACUAAUUAUUUGUUCCUUUGGCAAAAGCCUUGAGUGCUGCUGUCAAAUAACAGAAAGCUCCUCAAGACUGGACUCUGUGUUUGUUUAGUCGUUUGCUGUAUCUCGGUGUCUAGAACAGUGCCUGGCAUACAGUAGGCGCUCAAUAAGCGUUUGGUGAAUGAAUACCAAACCCAAGCCAACGAAAGCAAUGGGCCAGAAGGCAUCUCCCCUAUUUAACAACAACA